AUGUCCUCACAAAAACCAAUGAGAUAUGGACAUACAGAAGGCCAGACAGAUGUCUGCUUCAAUGAUACUGGAAGUUGUAUUGUAACUUGUGGCAGUGAUGGAGAUGUAAGAAUUUGGGAAAGCCUGGAUGAUGAUGAUCCAAAGUCCAUUAAUGUAGGCGAAAAAGCCUACUCAUUUGCUCUCAAGAAUGGGAGAUUGAUUACUGCAGUAUCUAACAACAGUGUCCAAAUCCAUACAUUCCCAGAAGGUCUUCCAGAUGGUAUCUUGACCCGUUUUACCACAAAUGCAAACCAUGUUGUUUUCAGUGCUGAUGGGAGCAAAGUAGCUGUUGGAUCUAGUGAUUUUCUGGUGAAAAUAGUCGAUGUAACUGACAGCAGCCAACAAAAGACAUUUCGAGGACAUGAUGCACCUGUUUUGAGUGUGUCAUUGGAUCCAACUGAUACCUUUCUGGCAUCGGCUAGUUGUGACGGAUCUGUCAGAGUGUGGAAAAUUUCAGAACAGAAUUGUGAGAUAAGCUGGCCGCUGCUGCAAAAAUGUAAUGAUGUGAUAAAUGCAAAAUCCCUAUGUAGACUGAGCUGGCAACCGAAAAUAGGAAAGCGACUAGCCAUUCCAGUAGAAAAAACAAUCAAACUAUAUAGAAGAGAAACAUGGGAUCAUGAACUGGAUCUAUCAGACAAUUUUAUCACGCAGCCUCUAAAUGUUGUGGCCUGGUCUCCAUGUGGACAAUAUUUGGCAGCUGGAAGUAUCGGUGGCUAUAUAGUCAUUUGGAGAGUGGAAACUCAAGAAUGUCUGGAAAGGGUGAAACAUGAAAAAGGUUACACUGUCUGUGGUCUGGCAUGGCAUCCCAAAGGUGGCCAGCUUGCUUAUACAGAUACAGAAGGCAAUCUUGGACUGCUUGAGAAUGUCUGUGAUGUAGAAGGGAAGAAAUCAAUCCAUAAGGCACCUGAUUCUUCUAUCAAAAGCUACGAUGAACUUUUUGAUGAGGAUGACAAAGAGGACUUUCUGAAUAGGGAUUUCAGUGAGGAUGACUGGGGCUCUAAGGCAGCAACAAAUGAUGAAGAUGAAGAUGACUUUAACGUGUCGGGACGUCCCAGAAACCGAGGCGCAAUAAUAGAAGAUGAUGAGAACUCUCUAGAUACUGGAUUGCUGAAAGCUAAUUCUGCCCUUGAUAAGGAGGAAGAAGAGGAUGAUUUGGACAAUUUUCCAGUUCAGCCACUGCCUUCUGACCAGAGGCCGCUCUACAGUGGGCCCUUGCCAACUCCUCGCCAAAAGCCAUUCCAGUCUGGUUCUACCCCAACACAUCUCACUCACCGCUUCAUGGUAUGGAACUCUGUGGGUAUUAUUCGCUGCUAUAAUGAUGAACAAGACAAUGCUAUUGAUGUUGAAUUCCAUGAUACUGCAGUACAUCAUGCAAUGCAUUUGCCAAAUAAUUUGAAUCACACAAUGGCAGACCUUUCCAGUGAAGCUAUUUUAUUGGCCUGUGAGAGCACAGAGGAACUAGCAAGCAAGCUACAUUGCAUCCAUUUCAACUCCUGGGAUCCUAACAAGGAAUGGACUGUUGAUAUGCUGCAGGAUGAAGUCAUUGAAGCUAUUUGUUUGGGCCAGGGCUGGGCUGCAUGUGCCACUAGUUCUCUUCUGCUUCGUGUGUUCACCAUUGGCGGAGUUCAGAAAGAGAUUUUCAGUUUCCCUGGACCUGUGGUGUCGAUGGCAGGACAUGGAGAGCAGCUCCUGGUGGUCUUUCACAAAGGCACUGGAUUUGAAGGGGAUCAGUGUCUUGGAAUUCAGCUUCUAGAACUUGGGAAAAAGAAAAGACAAAUUUUACACGGUGAAUCUCUUCCUCUUUCCAGGAAAUCCUAUUUAGCAUGGGUAGGAUUUUCAGCAGAAGGUACUCCUUGUUAUGUGGAUUCUGUGGGAAUUGUACGAAUGCUGAACCGAAGGCAUAGUAAUAUUUGGACCCCAGUCUGUAAUACAAGGGAGCACUGUAAAGGGAAGUCAAACCAUUAUUGGAUUGUUGGCAUUCAUGAAAACCCUCAGCAGCUCAGAUGCAUUCUUUGUAAAGGAGCUCGUUUUCCAGCUACGCUUCCCCGUCCUGCGGUAACAGUACUGCCAUUUAAGCUCCCUUUUUGUCAAACUGCAACAGAUAAGGGUCAAAUGGAGGAGCAAUUCUGGCGCUCAGUCUUGUUCCACAACUAUGUAGACUAUUUAUCCCAAAAUGGAUAUGAAUAUGAUGAAAGCGUGAAAGGCCAGGCAGUCCAAGAGCAGCAGAAUCUUCUGAUGAAAAUGUUUGCAUUAUCUUGCACACUGGAACGUGAAUUUCGCUGUAUGGAGCUUGUUGAAUUCAUGACACAAAACGCCACGAGCCUAGCUAUCAAAUAUGCCUCUCGCUCGCGGAGGCUAAUUCUUGCCCAGAAACUCAGUGAACUUGCCGCUGAGAAGAUCUCAGAGCUGGCAUCUGCUGAAGCGUAUGCUGAGCAAGAAGAGGAAGAAGAGAAGCAGCCACCGGAUUUUAGAAACCAUCUGAAUGCUGGGUACAGUAACAGCCCCACAGAAUGGAGUCAUCCUCGAGAAAGAAACAUUCAACGCCAACAAAGUAUGGAGACCCAUGAAGAGGAUGAGGAGAAAGCGAAUACUCUUAAUGAGGCAAAAUCUAGCUCUCCCACGCUGCAUAGAAAUGCAUCUGCUUUGAAGUCGGCUGUCAUUGCAUCUAGCAACUCAGUACGAGUAAAUCCUUUUAAGGUAUCCAAUAGCCAAAAAGAUGCAUUUGUUCACUCGCCCAAUAUUCUGGAUAACCUGACGAGGCUGCCUAAGAAAAAUCCCACGAUAAAUGGUCAAGGAGUUCCAAACAAGAAGAGUCCAAUCAUCAAACCGUUGAUUCCCAAGUCCAAGUCAAAGCAGCCUGCAGCAACUGCAUUUUUCCAGCCCCGAGCACUUACUACUGAAAAGAAAGCCAGAGAAGAUAGAGGGGAGAAAAAUGAAACUAUAUCGUCUGAACUUCAAACUGUGACUGAGAACAAAGAUAAUAAAAGGCCAAAGACUGGAUUCCAGAUGUGGCUAGAAGAGAACAGAAGCAGUAUUUUAUCAGAUAAUCCUAAUUUUGAAGAAACAGAAAUAAUUAAAGAAGGCAUGGUUCGAUACAGAGGUCUGUCUGCUGAGGAAAGGAUGGUUUGGACUGAGAAAGCCAAAGGAAGAGACACCAGUGAUCCAUCUGAAGGGAAAAAGCGAAAGCGUCCAGAGGACAUUAACAAUAAAAAGCAAGAAGGCCAAGAACAAAACUCAGAAGAGGAUGUGGGCUCUGCUAAAAAAUCCAAAGGAUUUAACCAGGCUACCUUUGCAAAACUGUCAACGUUUGCAUAUAAGCGGAGUUAAACACAUAUUUUACCUGUUGACAUUAGCCUAUAAUAUUAAAACAUUUCCAACAGAUGGAUAAAGACUGUUCCCCUAAGGAAAUGUGCUUCUGUUCUGAACAUUCAAGAAAAGGAAGUUUGUGGAAACAUGGCUAUGAAGAUAUGCAGAAUACAUGAAUAUAGAAAUGGAGGUUCAACAAUACUCUGGAGCAAGGUGACCUAUUCUGAAGCUCUGUGAAACAUUCUGUUCCUGUACAAGCACAUCCUUAAUAGUUGUACAGCUGAAGUUAUAGCU